GUGGCGGGUCCCCAGGCCCGCAUCCCCGACAGCGUCACUCACCUGCUGAUACAGCUGAGUCAACCCUAAGCGGCUGCUUCUUCCUGCCGUACCCUCUAAAGUCAGCCCCCAAAGGGUGCAGACCUCACCUCAGCCAUGCCCCAACUGAGCAGGGAACUUGCAGUCUCGCCCCGCCCAUCGCCCAGGCUGGGAGGCUGGGCCAGUGGCCCUUUUAACCAGCCUGGGCAGGCUGUACCGGACACCGGCCCUGGACACCGUGCCUGGCCCCUGCGGUUCCGGCAGCCGCCAGCCUGGCCAGCCCAGUCAACCCAGUCGGUCAGCAUGCAGCAGCAGCCCCCAGCCGGGCCCCUAGCCCCAACAGCCGAGCCGACCAAGCCACCCUACAGCUACAUCGCCCUGAUUGCCAUGGCCAUCCAGAGCUCGCCGGGGCAGCGGGCCACGCUCAGCGGUAUCUAUCGCUACAUCAUGGGCCGCUUUGCUUUCUACCGCCACAACCGGCCCGGCUGGCAGAACAGCAUCCGUCACAACCUGUCACUCAACGAGUGCUUUGUCAAGGUGCCCCGCGAUGAUCGCAAGCCAGGCAAGGGCAGCUACUGGACGCUGGACCCCGACUGCCACGACAUGUUCGAGCACGGCAGCUUCCUGCGCCGACGCCGGCGCUUCACCCGGCAGGCAGGCACCGAGGGCGCCAAGGGCCCUGCCAAGGCACGCCGCGGACCCCUCAGAGCCACCAGCCAGGACCCAGGAGCCCCCGACGCCACAACCGGCAGGCAGUGCACAUUCCCGCCGGAGCUGCCGGAGCCCAAGGGCCUAAGCUUUGGGGGUCCAGGGGGGGCCUUGCCAUCCAGCAUGUGCUCAGCAACCCCUGAUGCCAGGCCUCGGCCACCUGCAGAGCCCAAGGAGAUGCCCAUGCCCAAGCCUGCAGGCCCAGGGGAGCUCCCCAUGGCCACCUCGUCUUCCCCGUGCCCAGCAUUUGGCUUUCCUGCCAGCUUCUCUGAGGCUGAGGGGUUCAGCAAGACCCCUGCGCCCAUCUUGACCUCUGAGGCGGCCAUCGGGAGCAGCUACCAGUGCCGGCUGCAGGCACUGAAUUUCUGCGUGGGGACUGACCCAGGCCUUGAGCACCUCUUGUCCUCAGCAGCCCCCUCCCCUGCCCCACCCACCCCUCCAGCCUCCCUCCGAGCCCCACUGCCCCUGCCAGCUGACCCCAAAGAACCCUGGGUUGCAGGCAGCUUCCCUGUCCAGGGAGGCUCUAGCUAUCCACUGGGGCUGACCCCCUGUCUAUACCGGACGCCAGGAAUGUUCUUCUUUGAGUGAAGCCAGCCGGCCUCAGGCAGUCCCUGCGGAGCCCCUCCCAACUCCACCCUCCAGGCUGAGCCUGACUCUAGGAUCUGGGGAGCGCUCAAAGGAGAAGGCCUGGCGAGGAAGCCAAGAUGCGAGUGAACACUCGGCCAGCCCCCAGGACCUCUGGACAGACUUGGGGGUGCGGGGAAGCAGGGCCCCCUUGGGAUUUACUCUGUGGCUCUCAGGGCCAAUAAAGCCAGUGUGAUGAUGA